ACAUAUCACAAUACAAUGGCGACGUCGGGGACGUUAAGCUGUUCUUUCAAGGUUGUGACUUUGGGAAAGUGUGCCGCAGGAAAGACUUGCCUUGUCACUAGGUAUGCGUGUGGACAAUACGCCGAACAAAGUGAAAGUACUAUCGGUGCAGCAUUUGUCUCUAAAAAGAUACAAGCUCUUGGGAAGAGGGUAACGCUAAAUAUAUGGGACACAGCUGGUAGUGAAAGGUAUCAGUCCAUGACUAAAAUGUAUUACAGAGGGGCACGUGCAGCCAUUUUAUGUUACGAUCUGACAGAUAAAUCUAGUUUUGAUAAAAUUAGAUAUUGGGUAGGGGAGUUACAAGAGAAUGAACAGUUUUGCCGAAUGUAUAUAUGUGGAACAAAGAAAGAUUUGAUUGACAAUGAUCCAAAGACGAGAGCAGUAUCUGCUGAUGAGGCCCAAGUGAUAGCACAAGACUUGCAAACGGACUUUUUUGAAACAUCGAGUUUAACUGGAGAGAAUGUAGAGGCUGUAUUUCAACGUAUAGGAGAGGAUUAUAUAAGGAACAUGCAUAGCUAUCCAGAAAAUCAACCCAAAACACAAGAUAACACCCAAGAGUCAUUUCAUGUACACCAGAAAGAGAAUACACAACCCUCUUCGUCAUGUAUGUCGUGUUUUAAAAGGUGAAAGUAAAGGAUGAAACGAUAAAUGUUUUAUUUAUGGAGAUGAAAGAUGUGAACUUGAGUGAAGUGUUCAAGGAUAGUGAAUGUAUGGGAAAUAACCGUAAUGAUUAUAUGUCUAUUGAGCUUGUUAAUUAUUUUUUAUAUUCUCUUUGUCUGUCUUUGUAAAUAAAUUUCAAACAACUGUAUUUUCUUGGGGAUAAACUGAAAUGCUUCAAAAACACAAUGUACAAAAAAAAUUAUUUUUCUUUAAUUUCGAUGCAUCUGAAAGAUAUAUAGUCUGUGUACGUGUGGAAUAAUAUGGUAUUUCAGGCAGAAUAGUAAAUGUGCGAUAUUUUUAGUGGUCUAGGUGUUUGAAGUAUUGUUUUAUUUAAUGUUUUUAAACAAAUGAACAAAUUCUUUAAGCAGUCUGUGAUUAAUAAAUAUGAUUGAACAUAUUUUAUGUAAUAAAAUUUUGAAAGGUUCGUUAAUUAUGAAGAGGCUUGUUGUAGUUAUAAUGUUAUAUUAUAGUUUAAAACGUUACAUUGAAAUAUUGUGCGAAUCGUUUUAUGGACAUUUAUGUCAACGGGUUAACAGGUGUUUAAAAAGCAGUCAGUAUAUCGGGUCUCAAUAGCUCAGUGGUUAGAGACCUUACACGGUACGCCAGAGGCCCCGAGAUCGAGUCCCGAUUGAGCAUUGAUUCUUCACUACCUGUAACAUUUAGUUGAAUACCAUCUGGAAAAUGCGUCUUCAAUACAACGCAGCUACGAAAAAAUGGACAAAAUAUGUCACUAUUUAUAAGGGAAACACGACUACGGAACACUCCAAGCAACAGUAGUAUGAGGCGUAUCGGGUCUACAUCGUUUUUUCCCUUUGUUUUUUGUUUUUUAUUUGAAACUAUUUUCGUUUUUUUAAAUGUUAAGCUUUCUAAAAUAAUAAGAAUUAUGUUUGAUUUCAUUCUUUGUGGAGCUUGAGGCUUUUCACAAAAAAUGUACUUUUAGUUAUUCCUUUUUAUAUUUAAAAUGAUGUUGUAUUUAAUUGAUCGUGAAAUAUGUGCUUUUCAAGUAUUGGUUCCUACAAAGAGUACAUGCUUGUUGUUUUUUCUGAACUGAGCACUAGCUUGAGUGUAAAACGUUUUAAAGCUCUAAUUAAAUGCUAGUCUAUUUUGUAUCACUACUGUUUUAAUAUUUUUUUUCAUGAAGUAUUCAAAAAUAAAAGGAAAAACUA